GGCGAUUUCUUCGAGAUGACAAAGCAAAAGGCUCUACUUCAUCCCGGCGCAGCUGCCACGGCUGGAGGCGGAGCUGGUCGUUUGGGAUCGCUUGCCGCUGCGUACGGACAGAAAAAGGAAGAUCAUUCUUGUGGAGCGGCUGGUUGUGGCGAAUGUUGUCCAAGCGUGCCGGCUCCCCCGCCACAACCUCGACCAACAAGUAGAACAUCGGAAGUUGUUGCACCACAACGCGCAGCUGCUGCAGCGCUGCAAAUAAGCCGUCGCAACCGUAUCAAGCAGCAGAUCUGCAUGGCCCGCGACGUGAAGUAUUGGAUUUCGCCCCAAACGCUGACCCUGGAAACUGCUGUGCCUGCGUGGUUCGAGAGCAGCUCUGCCACUGAAAAGGACCAUCCAUUGAUGUCUAAAACUACUGGCCGCAUAGUUAUUGACUUACAAACGGACGGGGCCGGUGGCCCGGAGGACAGCUUGCUGCGAAGGGCAAAUCCGACCACCAGUACACGGUUGCAAGAGGGUAUGGAAGCGUCAGAACCGAAAUCGACAAAGGUCAAGUUGGAAAAGAAUGGACUGCAUAAGAUCAUCAAACGCAAUGGUGCUCCUGCGCAAGGUGCCUGUCUUGCAGGGGUGUCAGCAACAACAAGCGAGGCCGACUGUAAGCCUGUUUGGGUUAGAGAUGGAGCUGCUAAAAAAGUUGUAGCAAGGCAAAACAAGAUCAUGAUCAUGUCUUGUCAUCCUUACAGCACACAAACUGGAUUUCGAUGAUGCCGAAAUUUCAAUUUGUCAUGCGCCGCUUGCACGAGCAAAUGCAAACGAAACUGGGCAGCUUCCAAGUCUUCAUCAGCAUCAAUUUUAUGCAUGGAAAGCCUAAGCCAUUAUUUGUUUAUUCUUGCAACUUCAACUUUGUCGAUUUCGAUCCCGGCGCCUCCAUAGAUGAAAGAAGGAAAGCGCUGGAAAAGUUGAAAGCGCAAGCUACUGGAGAAGUGAGGCAAGUCAAGAGAGAACAACACGCAGGCUUUUCUGUGAUGCAGAGAAGUCCGAGCCAGGAGGCUGCGGAGCGGCUGUCGCGACUCCGUCCUGGUGCUGUGGAACCUGCUGCAGCUCCCGAUCGGGCACGAUCACACAGCGGAGAUGCGCCAAGAACAAGAAGGAGUAGAGCUACCUCGUCCCCUCGGGUGGAUGAGGGCCGCGGCGGCGCGCCAAGAAGGAGUAGAACUACCUCCCGGGGUGGACAGGGGCACGCGAAACGGCGGGGACGAAGCACCAGCAGGCCCGCGAACAAACGCCGGAGCUUGUCCCUC